ACCUACAGAAGUAGAACCACUGAAAUAUGAAGGGACUUUUUGCACAUAAAGUUCUUCUAUAUGUUCUAGACUUUUCUUGGGAUUUUAUCCUACAUCUUAUAACUUGUUAGGGAGGAAUAAUGGAGUUAGUGGUAAUACAGGCACUAAAAAGCGCCUCCAAGACUCUCAGGGUACGUGGAUGGCUGAUUUCAUGUGCUCUGUGCCUUGUGUGGUGCAGAGGCAGGGACAAGGGCCAUGGCCAGGCUGUGCCGUUGGGUUCCACGGCUGUGACAUCGUGGAGGCCGAGCCAUGGAACACUGUUACCGGGCGCUCCAGAACACCGGGCUGCUACCGUUGACACUCACUGCGUCUCGAGGCAGCGGUCAGUGCGGCAGGAGGGAGGAAGGCUCUGCUGGACAAGACCAUGGGUGGAACCUUCACCCAAGUCCUGGUGGUGCUGGGCGCCCUUUAUUUCAUGCUGCGGGCAGAUGACCAGACUGUGAAAGUCACUGAGGAACUCCUGCACCAGCACAAGGAGCAGCGCAGGCAGGAGAUGGCCGCGCUGCUGGCAAUGCAGCAGAGGCAGGAGAAGGCCCGGAUGCUCAAGGGAGAGCAGAAGAGCCAAGAGAUGGCCUGGCUGCUGGAGAUGCAGCAGAGGUGCCAGAAGUUGCUCGAAAUUGCCCAGGGGAGCCCGUUGCUCUCGGCCUGCCAGCACUGGUGGUUCUGGGCCUCUGCGGAGAUGCUGCUCACGCUCUUUGGCUUCUACUGGCUGCCCAGACGGGGCCGCUCUGCCUGCAAGAGCUCAGCCUGUGCAGAAAUUCCAGCAGUGCCCAGAAGGAAGAGAAGGAGGAGGAGGAGGAACAGGAUGCAUGGCACAGCAGACUGCGGUGACAAGCUGGAUCAAAUCAGGUCUCUGGAUCUGUGGAAGAACAUGAAGAAUUCAAUGGAGGAGGGGAUGAAAGAGAUGAUCGAUGCAUCUGCCAAGCCCUUCCCACAAGAAACUAUUGGACAGAGCUGCAUCCAGGGAAUACACUAGUAUUCAUCCUUAGGGUGUAUGUUUUGACCUUCCCAAAACCAGAUUAUAUUCUAGAUGCUUAAGAAUUUUUAAGUAUAGAGUAUAGGAAUAUAAAUUAAAUUAUUCAUAAAUAGGAAGUAGUGCUAUUAAAGCAGAAAAUG